CGCAGCUCUUCAACGGCGCGGCUUGCAGAAAAGAUGGAGUGUCCUGUGCCCGAUUUUACGGAGGCUGCGGACCCUGGUGGAGCCGGACCUUACAAGAGCUCCGAGGAGCCGGAGGGUCGGGAACCGGACGGAGUGCGCUUCGACCGCGAGAGGGCGCGCCGCCUGUGGGAAGCUGUGUCCGGUGCACAGCCGGCGGGGAGGGAGGAAGUGGAGCACAUGAUCCAGAAGAACCAGUGUCUCUUCACUAGCACCCAGUGUAAAGUUUGCUGCGCCAUGCUGAUUUCUGAGUCUCAGAAGCUGGCACAUUACCAGAGCAAAAAACAUGCCAACAAAGUAAAGAGAUACCUAGCAAUCCAUGGAAUGGAGACACUGAAGGGGGACGUGAAGAGGCUGGACUCCGAUCAGAAGAGCAGCAGAAGCAAAGACAAGAACCACUGCUGCCCCGUCUGUAACAUGACCUUUUCCUCCCCUGUUGUGGCCCAGUCGCACUACCUGGGGAAGACCCACGCAAGGAACUUAAAGCUGAAGCAGCAGCCCGCUAAGGGGGCAGCCCUGCAGCAACAUAGAGAGACGCUAGACCCAGACAAAUUCUGCAGCCUCUGCCACUCUGCCUUCAACGACCCCGCCAUGGCCCAGCAGCACUACACUGGCAAGAGGCACCGGAAGCAGGAGACCAAGCUCAAGCUCAUGGCACACUACGGGCGGCUGGCGGGCCCCACUGCCUCGGACUCACCAGCUGGGAAGGGCUAUCCCUGCAAGACGUGUAAAAUAGUGCUGAACUCCAUAGAACAGUACCAAGCUCACGUCAGUGGCUUCAAACACAAAAACCAGUCACCCAAGACAUUGGUGACACUUGGGAGCCAGAUGCCAGUGCAAACACAACCCACUCCAAAGGACUCAAGCACAGUGGAAGACUAGCACUGUCUCUGCCUGAUCACCCUCGGUGCGACAGCCACAAGCCAGUUCCUGGUGACUGUGGUCAGCCCACAGCUCCUUCUUCCUCUCAUAUCAGAAGAAUGUGGAGGCAUGAGGCCAGCGUGGGCUGCAGAUCUGCAGAUGCCUCUGACUGCACCCAGGUGCAGCUCCUCCGGCCCCUCUGUAGCAUGGCAGAAGACGGCUCUGAGAAGACCUGAGAUGAUGGGCUAGAGGUUAGCCUUCCCUGUCCCUCUGGGUGUAGUCCCAAUGUUUGUUUUUACUCUCAAGGUCAGGCGGGAGCAAGUUCCUGCAGAUAAGGGAGAGCACUGUCUCUGGGCUCUGAGCAGAUUCGUGGAGAAACUUGGAGCUGAUGUGUCAUUCCCUGCCCGUCCCGUGUGCAGGCUUGGUCUAGAUCUGCCAACCAUGAAGUCCCCUGCAGCACACAGUCUUGGCAGAGCACUGCCAUCUCUGCUGCCUGUCUCUCCAGUUCCCGAGUGGUGCUAGGCAUCUGCAGCAGCAAGGAGCUUGAGGAGACCUGAGUGCCCAGUGGGAUCAUGGGAAGCACCGAAAGGGGCCUUUGUCCAGAGGUGCUCCAACCCAGGGUCAUGUGAGAAAGUCUCCUGCCUGCUGUGCUCCUUAAUUCUGUGCCCUGAUAGGUAACUGCCUCCUGCCAGUCUACUAAAAGGUCACUUGGUCUCAGCUCUGUGUCCUUGUAUAGUAGGCUAUCUCUUGUGUAGUAGGCUAUCCCACCCUGUUUGCUGUGGUGCUAUCCCUCCCUUGUCAUCCUCAAGAUUCUGGGGGAACUGAGGAGGAAUGUAGAACUGGUGCAAGUUCUACAGUAAGGAAAAGGGUCCCCAGACCCUGAAGUGAGAUUCCUCCUAGAUUUGCAUCCUGGGAACCCACUGCAGUGGGUGACUGGAGCAGGGCUUCCAGAAGUAUCCCUAGAGCUUGUAGAAAGGCUUCCUUGUUAAUGCAAUUGGGUACCAUGAAGGGAUGGACAGGGAUUAAAUUCUUGUUCUCUGGUCACUCAACCAUCCAAAAUAAAGAAUUUCUUCUGUGAGUCAGGCCAUAACCUCAGCCCUGGCUUUUCAGCCACGUUGAUAAUGCUGUGGCAUUCCCACACAAUCAGCCCCCAGCGUCCUCGGUAAUGAUUUCACCCCAGGAAAAGUCUCCCUGAUGCCCUAAGCCCAACCCAGUUCAUCCCCCCAGCUAUCUGAGUUAUUCUUGAGAUAGUCCACUGUCUCUGGCUACUGCAGAGAGGCCUGUAUGAAAGCUGUGCCCGUAAGGCUGUUUGUCUCCAGGGUAAUUCCUUCAGGGUGGUGUCCACUAACCUCAUGUCCAGGAUGCUGGGUCUUAAGUUUUGGGUAUGUGAGUGGUUGGGUGGCAGUGCUUAAAGACAGCUGUCCCUUUCCCACUCCACUUAAAGAGCUGUCUGAGUUUUCUCGAAGUUUUCCUAGGCCUUCUGGUCCUUGGGAGAGCCAUUUCUUUGUCUCAAAAACAGUAGGGCAGAGAGCAUUAGAAUCUGGUGCCAGUAGGCCAGGCCAAGCACCAUCGGCCACUGCCCUGGGCACUGCCCCUAACCAGCUCCUGACUUAGCUCCUGGCCUCAUGGGUAGAUUCUCUGCUUUCAGCUUCUUCCCAGCCGCAGGCCGCCUCAGCGGUCUUCCUCGGGUUCUCUGCAGCCUGGUGUGUUAGGAUGAGGGAAGAUCGUGAGGUCAUGAAGGGCUGACUGGCCGCUGGCCCUUGUCUUGUGUGACCUCUGCCUAGAUAGGCUCAGGAGUCCCUGCCAGCUGCAUGCCCGGCGCUGUGGGGGGAAGACCCUAGAAGGAGCUCGCCAUUGUCCCCCGGAAGCUCACACCCGUGAAAGUCAUGAUUUGGACCGUCAUGGGGCAGGCGGGGAUGUCCAGGACACAAGCACUGACAGCGAGGGGCAGAAGGCUGAGAUGAAUGCUGCUCUAUGUGGCUCUGGGGCUUUUGUUUCCUAGUUUGUUUCAUGUAGCCCAGGCUAGUCUCAAACUUGUCAUUUAGGAGGCUAGCCUUGAACUGCCGGUCCCCCCACCUCUACCCCCCUGUUCAGGGAUGCCAGCACAUCUCUUUUCUUACUGUGUGUUUGUUUGCUUGAUUUGGCUUGGUUUUUCAAGACAAGGACCCAGUAUGCAGCCCUGGCUGUCCCAGAACUCACUCUGUAGGCCUUGAACUCAGAAAUCCACCUGCCUCUGCCUCCCCUCCCAAGUGCUGUGAUUAAAGGUGUGUGCCACCAUGCCUGGCUGAGCAGUUUUUUUUAAAUAAUGUCUAGUAGUUCUCUAUUUGAGUCAGUCAUAGCCUAGCUUCGUGCUGUUGAACAGUUGUGUUGUUUCUCCUUAAGGUCAUCUCAAAUAAAGCUGCUGUAAGACUCACUUGAUA